GUGCAGAGAACGCUCGGCCAGGGUGUAUGUUCCUUCAUCACGAGCAGCAACCUCUAUUUCAGGCUUCCAGUGUGGCCUGCCUCUACUGCGACGCAGCGGAAGCGACUGCUCUGACCGCCCUGGGCGGCACAGCAGCGGUGCCGGUGUUCUGGGGCCAGGGUGGAGGUGCGAAGGAGUUGGGACCGAGGGAAAAAGGGGGGAAGAAAAAGGCUUGGGGAAAAUGUGUGGAAUCAUGGGGAAAACAUCAAAUUUUUUUGGGAGAGAUGGAUGGAAAAUGGGAGCUGGAGUGA